AAAUCCAUUUUCUCAUAAUUAAUUCAAAAUAUCUAAGAGUAGCCAAUAAUAAAAGGGCCAAAGUUGUCGCACAGUUAGAGUUUCGAACCCUAAACCGUCUGCAAGCAGAAAACCCUCUCUUCUCCAAUCCACCAUCGCCACUACCACCAGUCAGUCACCAUCAUGUCCCAAAAAUCAAAAUCAAAACGAAAGACACCAAGGCAACAAGGACCCCCGACGACAAGCCCAAACCCAACACCAUCGGAGUUCUCAUUCGCCAUAGCCAGAAUCGCAGCGUCUCAAAUCAGUCAAUCAGUCGGCUUCAAAGCCACGAAGCCUUCCGCUGUCGAAACCCUAGCCCACAUCGCCAUCAAGUACAUCGAGGCCAUAGCUUCCGCUUCAGCCUCCUACGCCGCCAUGGCCAAUCGCACCAACACGAACGUUUUCGACUUCACCAACGCCCUCCAUGACUUGCAGUCGGUGCAAGGCUUCAAAGGCGCCUCCUUUCUCCACAAAAACGGCUUCUGCGUUUUGGGUUCGAGCGUUUUGACCGAUCUCGCCAAAUUCGUCAGCUGGAACGAGGAAACCCCAUUCGCCAGGCCGAUUCCGGGGGCCGAGAAAUUGGAUACAGAGAAACGGAUUCCGUUUCCGGUGGAAACGGAUUCCGGGAGGGAUUUGCACGUGCCGAGAUGGCUUCCAGCAUUCCCGGAUGUAAAGAAAACGGUCGCGAAGAGGAGGAAUGGUGAGGAGUUGUGGGAGAAUUUGGUGGCUGGGAAUGGUGGUGGUGGUGUUAUGAAUGAAAGUGAAAGUGAAAGAGUAAGUGAGAGUGGGAAUUGGAAUGGGAAUGGUGGGAAUGAGAAAGGGUUUUGCUUGGAAUUGGGGGAGGAGAAGAAGAUGGGGAGAGUGAGGUUUAGGAUUGGAUUGGGGGUUGAGGAGGAGGAGAAAGGGGUGGCGGGUUUGGGUUUGAAUUUGAGAAGUGGGGUUUGUAGAGGAGGGAAAAGAGUGUGUUGGAAUAAUAACAGUAAAAUUGGUUACAAUUUUGAUGAUGAUGAUGAUAAAAGAUAGUUUCAAUUUUGAUAUACUUUGUAAUUGAUACAAAAUUAUUGAAUUGUUUUGGAAAAUUUUCAGAGUUGUUGUGUUUACUUUUUUUUGCAUGUAUUUAAUAACCAGAUUUGGGUUCUUUUUGAAGGGCAUCCCAGGAUUCGAACUUCUGACCUUUAUGAGAUCACAAAUGCACUGUUAAC